UCACGCAGGCAGGUAUCCCAGUACCAACCCCAACUUUAGGACAGAUGUUUUUUAAAGCCUCUAUAAUAAACCUCGGAGCCAUUCAUAACUGUCAUGUGCGCGUAACGGUGAGAUCCUGUGGUCAGAGGAAAUCAGCAUCGGCUCCACUCGGUAUUACAAUAGGGUAUAAAUACAGGGACCUCAAACUUCCUUCUCUACACGCUUCGAUCGAUCAGAUCUUUCUGCGUUCAGCCGGGUUUUGACUGGAAUAUUUGGCACCGCUGAAUGUGCCGGUGUAUUGUUUUGGGGUUGUUGUUGUGGUUUUUUUUUUUAAAUAACUAAACGCGCGCAAAGAUGACAGAAAUCCCAGCUCUUCAUGUCCCGAGAAUAAGUAUCUCCUAUAAAACGAUGCGUCUCUGGAUAUGGUUGUUUUUGGCCGGGGAGUUGGUAAUGUUACGCGUGAGAGGCAUGGCAUUGCAGAAAGCUGCGUACUCGCACCCGGGUCUCUGUCCUAACGAUGUGAACCCCAACCUGUGGGUGGACGCAAUGAGCACCUGCACCCGGGAGUGCGAGUCCGACCAGGAAUGUGAGACAUUUGAAAAGUGCUGCGCAAAUGUUUGUGGGAGCAGGAGCUGUGUGGCAGCCCGCUACGUGGAUGCGUCAGUGAAGACGGGAGCUGAUGGCAUAACCAAAGAGGCAACCUGCGACAAGUUCAUGUGCACUCAGCAGGGCUCCGAGUGCCACGUCUGGAAUGGGCAGCCCACAUGCAAGUGCAGAGAUCGCUGUGAGAAGGAGCCGCAUUUCACCUGUGCUUCUGACGGGAUGACCUACUAUAACAAGUGCUACAUGGAUGCUGAAGCUUGCUCCAAAGGUAUCUCCCUGUCUGUCGUGACCUGCAGGUCCCACCCUGUAAACACAAGUCCUCUACCUCCAGGAACCACCGCCCUCCCAACGACCACCCUACUGCUCACCACUACAUUAAAUGUGCAGCCCCCAGUCAUAACUGGGAGCCCAAUGGAACAGUCUGUGUUUGUGGGCGAUACAGCCAGCUUCCUGUGUGAAGUGACUGGCUGGCCAAAACCUGAGAUCACCUGGGAGAAGCAACUGGAGGGAAAAGAAAACAUUGUUAUGAAACCCAAUCACGUGCUGGGAAAUGUAGUUGUCACUAAUAUUGGACAGCUCGUGAUUUACAGCGCCCAGCUAGAAGAUAUAGGUGUCUACACCUGCACAGCCACAAACUCAGGUGGUUCUAUCCAAGCCCAUUUCCCACUCUCUGUGAUACAGAGAGUCCCAAUUGAGAAAGAGAAGCCAAAGAACCUGUCUCCUUUCCCUGCUGAGGAAUGCAUGAAGGAGCCAGACACUGGUGACUGUGGUGGGCAGAAGCUGAGUUGGUACUAUGACAGCAAGAGGAACAGCUGCUUCAUAUUCACCUACGGUAACUGCAAUCAGAACCAGAACCACUUUGACAGCUUCGACUCCUGCAUGCUGUCCUGCCAGGCUGAACUGCCCACCCCAUGUGGUCUUCCAAGCCUGCAGGGCCCCUGUAAAUUCUAUAAGCCACGCUGGGCCUACAGCAACACCCUCAAACAGUGCCAGCCCUUCAUUUACGGGGGUUGUGGAGGCAAUGACAACAACUUUGAAACAAAAGAGGCAUGCGAGGACUUGUGCCCAUAUCCAAAGAACCACCGCUGCAAGCCAUGCAAAUCACAACACAAGAUCGUGUCCAGUUUUUGCAAGAGUGACUUUGUGAUAUUGGGCCGCAUGACAGAGCUGACAGAAGAGGAAGGCUCGGGCCGGGCGCAGAUCAACAUCGAUGAGAUCCUUAAGGAUGAGAAGAUGGGGCUUAAGUUCCUGCAGAAUGAACCCUUGGAGGUGACAUUGCAGAACAUGGACUGGAACUGCCCGUGUCCCAAUGUCACUACCUCGGAUGGUCAGAUCAUCAUCAUGGGUGAUGUGCACAACGGAAUGGCCGUGCUCCAGCCAGACAGCUUCGUCAGCCAGUUCAGUGUGCGACGGCUCCGCAGGCUGCGCGAAGUGAUCAAUAAAAACACAUGUGAAAUUCUGAAAGAGUUCAGGGAAUAGGGCAGUGCUCUUAGCCCAAGAUGACUGCUAUUCUUUUGAAAAUUCAAAUGGCCAAUGACAUUUAUCAAUGUAAGAACUAUGCACAGUGAUGUUGGAUAAAAUGGAGGAACUGUAAAAGUUCCACAAUCAUAUUUUUUGUAUUUCUGGUUUUAAAUCAUUUUCCUUCUUGUACUUAUAUUUAACUUACUGUACUGUUGAUUUAGUUUUCUUUCCCUUUAAAAAAAAAAAAAAAAAAAAAAUCUGUUUAUUAUAUACAAUACUCUUGUAUAUGAGUAGUGAGUCGUCUAACAUCCACAAAAUUCCAGGCCAGUUAAGAUGUUUGCUUUGACAAGGUUGUAUAUACAGUAUGAGACACAGCUGUUCACCCAUGAGACAGUGUCAACUUUCAACGUCUUCAUAGGAAACCUGCUAAAAUGCCUCUUGGGUUAAAGUGAAAGAACACAUUUGUAGGCAUAGGAAGCAUUAAUCAGACCCAUCUGCUGGGCCAAAUCCCAGCACACACUAUUCCCUUACUUCAAAGGAAAUUCAUGCCUACCUUAUAAAUUCAAGGUGGUUCAUUCAAGGAAUCUGAUGAGUAAUUUCUUAUCUGAUGCUCUAUUAUUUUAUUACUGGAGCUUAAUGACAUGUCUCAAGAAAACUGUUGUAAUAUACUGUAGAAAGCACAUGGAUAAGUUGUAUAAUAUUUACUCUGAAGUUCUGUUUUAAGGCUUGUUAAAGCAGAUAUAUCUGUAUUCUAUCCUGCUCACAUUUCUGUUACGAUGAACGUUUGAUGUACAGCUAGAUAUUUUAACAAGGACAAUUGUGAAGUGAUUUUGUUUUCCAUUAUUUAUUUUAAUGUAUUUUGUUCCCAUCUAACAUUAUCAUUUGGUGUAAGCAUGUCCAUAUUUUUUUUUUUUUAAUAAUUUGGAUUCAUAUUUGUAAAGAUGUCAAAAUGUCACUGAAUAAAUAAAUAAGUCUUAUUGUCUGACUA